UAUAUAUCCUUCUCCUUUUCCUCCUCUUAUAUAAAGCCAUUAAAGUUGUUCCUCUUCUCUCACCUUUGGUCAUCAUCAUCUUCUUCUUCUUCUUGAGAAGCUUAACUUGGUUAGAGAGAUCAUGGCUAUCUCUAACUGGUUUGAAAGAUGCAAGCCUGUCUUAGCCAUGGUGGUGGUGCAGUGUAUCUAUGCUGGCAUGGCUCUCUCAGCUAAGCAAGCUUUCACUGAAGGAAUGAACACCAUGGUCUUUGUUGUUUAUAGACAAGCCAUUGCUACUCUUGUCCUUGUUCCUAUUUCUAUUCUUUCUAGAAGGGGAAGAGUUGAUCAUUUGGCUCUGGGAAUCAAAGGAUUUUCUUUGGUGUUUGUUGCUUCUCUUGUUGGUGCAACACUGAACCAGUACUUGUAUUACAAAGGAAUGGAUUUAUCAUCUUCAUCAAUGGCCACUGCAAUGACAAACCUCAUUCCAGCUGUGACAUUUAUCAUGGCACUUUUCUUUGGAAUGGAGAAAGUAAAAUUGAAUAGCUUGAGAAGCAUGGCUAAAAUUUUAGGAACUUUAGCAUGCGUCGGAGGAGCCAUGUGCAUGGCCAUGUACAAAGGACCGACACUUCUUAAUGAACAACUGCGACAAUUAUUGACACUUUCUUCACUUCUUCAAUCAGUGAAAGAAAGUUGGAUGAUCGGUUGUCUUUUUCUUAUGGGAAGUACUUGUUGCUGGUCUUUUUGGCUAAUUCUUCAGGUUCCGAUAUGCAAGAACUAUCUUGAUCCGCUUUCGCUCUCCGCUUGGAUGUGCUUCUUAUCGACCUUCCAAUCCGCUAUACUCACCGUCUUGAUUGAACCGAACAUAAAUGCAUGGAAAAUCAAAUCACUCUUUGAACUUGGAUGUUGCUUAUUUGCAGGAAUUUUUGGCUCUGGUGUUACAUUUUAUCUUCAAUCUUGGAGUAUAGCAAUCAGAGGACCUCUCUUCUCAGCAUUGUUUAAUCCACUCUCAACAAUCAUGACUACAAUCUUGGGUUUCUUGUGGCUCAAUGAGACAAUUCAUUUAGGAAGCUUGGUAGGUGGCAUUGCAGUUAUUUUAGGAUUGUAUAUAGUUCUAUGGGGGAAAGCCAAUGAAUAUAAUAAGAAGAGUGAGCCAGAGCUGAAGGAUGAUUCGGCAGUAAUACCAAUAUCAAUCGAAUCACAACAAGAAAUCAUCGAAAACGAUCUUAGUAAACCUUUGCUUGUUGGAGAACUUGAUGAUGUUGAGAAUCAAGUCGAAGUUUAAUGCGCAUACACCAGUUUUGCUA